AUGACCAACCUAGACGGAAAAGACCCCUUCGCAGAGUGGGAUAUUUGCAUGCCUCUCAUCGCCGAUGACGCCGAUGAUGCAGGAUUCAGAAUCAAAAAUCACCCCAAGGGCGAGAUGCAUCGUGUUCAUCUCACCGGGUAUGACCGGCCCAAUGCGACAGCUGUCCGCGGCCGGCUUUUCCAUGUUGUUCACGGCAGCUUGGGUGAAGGGAACAGUGUACCGGCGACGCUGAUCGUGUUUGAAUGGCUACUUGUGCCAGGAAAGACGGGCCAGCGAUUUCGCGAGGUCGAGAUCGAUGUUACUUUUGCCCCUGACGGCCGGAAGCCCGGCACCUCGUCGGAAGAUGACCUGUCCGAGUGCACGCCGCAGGUGCGAGCCGUCGCGCCCAACGUGUCCAUCAAGUCAUACACUACUGGCCGGAAAGUAACGAGCGAGAAUUCAGUCAAAGCAUCCAUGCGAGUCGGCUACGAACCCUUUGCGGCUGUCACGCCCGAGGCCUCCCGGAAGCAGACCGAGACGACGGAGCGCACCGACUACCGUUUCAUGGCCGGCUAUCCGGCAUUCGUCAAGAAGAGGUAUGGAGAACCCAACUCGGUGCACUGGACUCUGCAAGAGAACGUUCCACAAGAGAGCGGUGUGCCACACAUCGUUCGCACCGCCGUACUCCUGCAGCGUACCACCGGUGACAGCGGAAUUUUCAGCGCCACCAUCAACACAAGCGUCCACAUCUCGGUUCUGGCUGAUGCAGCUGAGAUGCUACGCAAGGCUGUAGGCUCAGUUCCCAAGAACGACCCGGUCUACUUCGAUACUCGACCGCUUCCGGGAGUCACCCACGGCGCUGCAGUGCUGUACGGUAGGAAGGAUGGCUUGAGCAACCAGCAUAGUCCAUGCGAUCAACGCAAACUUGGCGACGUGGAUUUAACCCAGUUCUUAGUCGUUGAUGGCGAUGAGCAGUUGAGAGUGGCACAAAUAGGUGAUUCUAAAGCAGAUGAUACACAACUAGCAACCGAGCUUGCGGAGGAGGAGAGCCUCAACUUUGAACUGUGA